CCAUCGGCACACACAAAUUCCACUCAUGUAUGCAUCCCGUUGCCCACUUCGCUCUGUUGCAUCGCCAGCCUCAUCUCCCCAUCAUGGUCGUAUCAAUUCCACCCAUUCAACAUCUGCUGGCCGUGCCCCGCCAAGUACACGCUGUUCUGGACGGUGAUUGGCCAUGGCCAAAGUAGAGCUCAUCUGCCAUCAGACAAAAGCAAUCAUGUUAUGGUUUGUACGGCCAUGUGGAUAGACGGACAGACGGGAAGAAAGGGGGGGCACCAUGGUUUGCCAUGUAUGUACCUAUGCCAUGUAGCCAAAACCACCCGGAUCCAGAUCCAGAUCCACGGCCAGGCCAGGCCUCGGGCCCAACCUUAACUAACUUCUGCUACCUACCUACCUAUCCUCUUCCCUCCCGAGUCCCUUCUCAUCCCAUUCUCUCCCGUCCCGCUCUCCAAGAGGCCGCUUGGCUGCCUCUCUUGUGCGACUCCCUUUUGCUUUGCUCUGCUUUACUUUACUUUGCUUCGCUGCACCCGGCCUCGGCCCAUUUCCCUUCCUUGCCCCAUCCCCGGAACCCAACUCACCUGCUCCCCCCUCCUUCCUCCCAAGCAAUCGUCGGCCUCCCAUCCCAUCACCCCUCACCACCGUCAGCCUCCCUCCGACUCCCCAAGUACCUCCUUAUUUACCUACAUACUACAACUCGGACGACUCCGACCAUCCUCAUCUUCCUCUCCGGCUGCUGUCAACCAACGUCUAUCCUGAUGUUCGCCCGGUGAUGGACGCGCCGCCCCACCAAAUUCGCUUCCCUCCUCCCGCCCCCGGACAUUGCCCGCUCGCAACGCCUCCUUCGCCUUGUCCUACCCGCAGCUAAACCCCCGAGCUUGACAGACAGAAACUCAAUGGAUGCCCAAUCCAAAGGGGACGCUGCGAAUGGGUCCACCGCCCCAGGCAGGAUCGCCCAUACGCUGACAGCCUGCUGCCGCUGCCGCACACGCAAAACCCGAUGCGACCCCGGCCUUCCCCGCUGUGGCCCCUGCGAACGCACAAACUCCCACUGCGAAUACUUCGAUCCCACCAAGAACCGCAAAAUCCCUCGCGAUUACGUUGUCCACCUCCAGCACAAGGUUCGCGACCUCGAAAAGCAGCUGCAGGAGCUCGAACGCGACGAUGCCGAGCCCGACCCAGAGGAUGUCAUGCGCGGUGCCGCCGCUGUGAGGGUACAGGAUACCGACGAGUCCAAAUUCCUAGGGCCGUCGAGCGGCAUCACCAUUACGCGCUUGGUCAUGCAGCUGGCCAAGCAGUUCACAGACUCCAAGAGCAUUUCCGAGAUCGUCCCCGACGCCUCGGUCAAGUCCAUCAAGGCUACAUUUGACCAGGAGGAUGCUCGUCCCACGUCCAAAGUCUACCCGCUGGUCAGCGACGUGGCUGCCGAAGAGCUGCCCAAUCGCGACCUCACCAACCUUCUACUCGAGCUCUUCUACUGCAAAGUUCACCCCAUGUAUCCAAUGUUUCACGAGCCUACUCUUUCCAAGGAUGUCGAUCAGGUAUACAACGGUUCCAGGGACCCCUACCAAAACUUCUGUCUUCGCAUGGUUAUUGCCAUCAGUUUACAGCGGAUGGAUACACAAUAUGCUGGUCUUGCCGACAGCUAUUACAUGGCCGCCCUCAAAUUCUUCGAGAGCGCAAUCAAACCCAUGAACAUCAAAACAUUGCAAUGUUUUGCUCUGAUUGCGGGCUAUUCUCUGCUCACUCCCACCAGGACUGCCGUUUACUAUAUCGUUGGCCUUGGGGUGCGCCUUUGCCAGGCCCUGGGGCUUCACGAGGAGAAGACCAUUACUUUAGGUCCAGGCGGCCGGCCCGCAGAUCCUUUGGAAGUGGACAUGCGCCGUCGGCUCUUUUGGAGUAUACUGACCAUGGAAUACGGUCUGUCACAUAGUCUAGGCCGCCCUAGCCAUUUUGCCACGAGAUGCGAGCACAUUGACGUGAAUUUCGGUGAGCUAGUUGACGACGAGUUCAUCACCAAGGAAGGAAUUUUGCCUGCGCCCCAGGCAUCGCUGAAAAAAUGGAUUGGCAUUCACUUCUUCAAGAUGCGGGUAUUGCAAUUGGAAAUUCGGCGAAAACUCUAUCAGAGAAAAAGGCCAGAACCCAAGAAUGAUCAAGACCCUUGGUUUGCCGAGAUGUAUAACAAGAUGGAGCGUUGGAGAGAUACUGCCCCUGAAAUGGACGGCGGUUCUGGUUUGAACAAAGUCUGGUUCAUCGGACGAUUCAACACGAUGGUGUGCUUCCUUUACCGGCCCUCACCACAAAUCCCCCGUCCCUCGGCCCGCGCCGCUGUUCUUUGCUACGAUGCCUGCGAGUACAACAUAUACAUGACUCGCAAGCAAAUAGAAACCAAGAGCGUGGACAUGACCUGGAUCUUCACGCAAGCCAUCUUCAUGGUCGUCAAUGUCAUGCUCUGGUCGCUUUCCUACUCCGAAGUGCGUCGAAAUCACGGUCGUGAAGAAGUGGAACGUCACCUUCUGGUUGCCCUCGAAUCUAUUGAGCUUGCAUCUGAACGUUGGCCAGGCGUAGCGUCCGCUUUGGAGUUGUACCGCAACUUGAUCGGUGCAUGCAUGAAAAUCUACGACAAAGACGGUGAUAUUCCAAUAGCGGCGGCCUCGCCUUCGGAUAGCGCCUCCGUGGUGAGCAACAUAGUCGACGGCAUCAAUCGUUCCCGCACAACGAGUCCCGCAACAGCAUCCACCGCAUCAGUAAACACGCCUUCGGAGUCUACACAGCCUCCAUUUGGUUAUUUACAUGUCAAUCAGAACCAGAACCAACCGAUGUUCAAUUUCAACUCGCUACAGCAAGGCAUACCCACGAGCGAGUCGGGUGGCAUGUCACAAUCUCAAACCGCACCUACACACUUCCCUGUGCAGUCUCAUGCUGCGCCUCAGUCAUAUGUGGAUACCAAUGCGAAACCUCCCAUGAGUACCGACACCCAGUCCGGCGUUCCUACCUUUAAUUACUCCCAGCCGACACAAUUCAACUCGUUGCCAACCACCUUCGCCGAACUUUCACAGUGGAAUCCGGCAUUCUCCAUGCCCAUCCAAGAACCUUUCAACAUGCAAAAUCAGCCCUUGGCGUCGCCCAUCUACAAUGAGAACUAUGCAGCUAAUCAAGGAUACGCCAUGACAGACUACUUGUAUCCACAGUGGGGUCAGGACCACCGGGGCAACGGUCUUAACCAAGAGCAGCAGAUGCAGCUCAUGCAUGAUUUCGAAGCAAACGAAACAGGGAAAAUUGAAGAAAUGAUCCAGCAAAGUCACGAGCUUUUCCGUCCCCAGGUCCAAACAUAUUGA